AUGCUGAUCAAUUACUCAACAAUCUUCUUUUUGAAAUACUUUAUUGCAGUCCAACCUUGUUUCAGUUCGUACCAAACAACAAGUCUUGCCACCCAAGACUUUGUCUUGCAAUUCUUUGUUUAAGCCAGCGAGGUCCUUACCUGAUAUUAUUAAUACCCAAACUUUCCAUGUGUUAUCUGUCAUUCAACUUCUACUUGUUUACCUUCAUCAUUAGUGUGUUUUCGGUGUGCAGAUCAGCUAUUCUGUUGAAGUAUCCAUGGAAUCUAAGACUGAUCAGCAGCUUCACAUUUUCUUCCUUCCAUAUAUGGCUCCAGGGCACACUUUACCCCUCAUGGACAUAGCCAAACUAUUUGCUUCACGUGGUCUGAAAGCCACAUUAGUAACCACCACUGUCAAUGCAAAAGUUCUCUCAAAAGCAAUCCAAACAAGCAAAAACUUAGGUUUUGAAAUUGAACUUCUUGUCUUCAAAUUCCCAUCUGUUGAAGCAGGAUUACCAGACGGAAUUGAAACCUCUAACUCAGCAACAACCCAAGAGAUGAAGGAAAAGUUUUUGAAAGCAAUGAGUCUGAUCGAACCAAAGGUAGAACAGAUGUUAGACCAACAUCGCCCUCACUUCCUUGUUGCAGACUCUAUGUUUCAUUGGGCUACUGAUAUUGCCGCCAAGUUCGGGAUUCCAAGGCUCAUUUUUAAUGGAACUGGUUUCUUCUCCAUGUGUGCUUCAAUGAGUGUCAUGGAGUACCAGCCUCAGCUGAAGGUUUCAUCAGAUUCAGAACCUUUUGUCAUUCCUAAUCUCCCAGAUGAGAUCAAAACAACCAGAAAUGAAGUGCCAUCAUUUCUUAAAACAGAUGGCAAAACAGAGUUCAUGAAGCUGGUCAAAGCAUCCAGAGAGGCUGAAAACAAGAGCUAUGGGGUUAUUGUUAACAGCUUCUAUGAACUCGAAUCAAAUUAUGCAGAUCACUACAGUAAUGUGAUUGGAAGGAAGGCAUGGCAUAUUGGACCAGUAUCCUUGUGCAACAAGGCAGAGAAAGAAAAAGCAGAGAGGGGAAGCGGAGGCUCUGUUGAUGCAGUACACGAAUGCUUAAAUUGGCUUAAUUCUAAGACACCAAAAUCAGUUGUUUAUAUAUGUUUUGGAAGCCUGACCAAUUUCAGUGACUGUCAGCUACUAGAAAUUGCCUUGGCUCUUGAGGCUUCUCACCAGCAAUUCAUUUGGGUUGUGAAGAAGAGAGAUAAAGAACCCUGGUUGCCUGAAGACUUUGAGAAAAGAAUGGAAGGUAAAGGAUUGAUUGUAAGAGGUUGGGCUCCCCAAUUACUCAUUCUUGAGCAUGAAGCAGUUGGGGCGUUUUUGACUCAUUGUGGGUGGAAUUCUAUCCUUGAAGGUGUCUGUGCUGGAGUGCCACUGAUCACGUGGCCAGUGUCUGGAGAGCAGUUUUACAAUGAGAAGCUGGUGAAUCAGUUACUUGGGAUUGGUGUUGCUGUUGGUGCUGAAAAGUGGGCUACAGUUGAGGAUGACAAUGUGAAGGGCGAAGCCAGUGUGAAAAGGGAGGCCAUAGAGAAGGCUGUGACAGAAAUCAUGAUGGGUGCAGAAGCAGAAAGAAUGAGAAGCAAGUCUAAAGUGCUCCGAGAGAUGGCCAAGAAGGCAGUCGUAGAAGGCGGUUCAUCGUUCUCAGAUUUAACAGCUCUAGUUGAAGAAUUGAGCUCUUUUGGGUCUUGAUUCACUUGAUGCUUACCCAAUAUGCUGUAUUUCCUGCAAAAGAAUAGAUGCAACAAC